CUGUGUUGGAAAAAUUUACGCUAUGUAAUCGAUGAAUGGUGUUUAGUGAAUGGUUGGAGACCACAAAAACGGCAGAAAAUAAUUCUGAAUCGUCUCAAUGGAUCCAUACGGAUAAACAGUUUGAAUGCAUUGCUCGGUCCAUCCGGCGCCGGUAAAACUUCGUUGAUCAAUUGUCUCACCUGCAAUGUUUCAGCCAAAAAUCUUUCGUCAGACACAGAGAUUUAUAUCAACAAUAAAAUAAUGACCAAUUCGACAAAGUCAUUAGUCAGUUUUGUGCCACAAUUCGUCAAUGAAAUAAUUUUGGGGCAAUUCACAGUUCUCGAGACUUUAUAUUAUGCAUUCUGCUUCAAAAACGUGGCUAGUAAACAUGAUCAAGCAUAUCAACACAUCCAAUCAACGAUCGAAGAAUUAAUGUUGAAUCCAAAAGUGUUAAAUACCCGCUUUGAAAAUUGUUCCGGUGGGGAACAACGUCGUGUAGCGAUUGCUCAAGAACUGAUGUCGAUCGAAUCGAAACCACCGUUUUUGUUUGUGGAUGAACCGACCACCGGUCUGGACAGUGAAUCAGCCUUGGUGGUCAUGAAAUGCUUGCGACGAUUAUCCAUGCAAAAUAACAUUGCAGUUAUGGUGUCGAUUCAUGCUCCAAGUUCGGACAUUUUGAAUUUGUUCGAUCAAUUGUACAUCAUAGCCAAGGGAGGUGUCUGCAUUUAUUCUGACCCGCCACAUCUGUUGAAACCACAUCUGAAUCAAAUCACAGGAAUCACAUUGAAAGAAGAUGAUUCACCAAUUCAAGAAUAUCUUCGCAUAGCUAGCAAUGGAACCAGUGAUGAACAAGUUAGACAAUUAACUCAAGCAAGUGUUGAACGUGACCAUCAACGAAUGACAUAUCUUAUCGAUGAAGAAUGUCCAUUCAAAUCAAUUCCAAACGGUAUUCCUCAUCAUUUACGAAAAUUUCGUUUUUGUGAUCUUUGGACACAGGUCAAACGACUAUUUUGUUUUACAUUCAUUGCUGAUGUUAAGAACCUGUAUGCAGUUAUUAUAGUAAGCUUAAUUGCCACUUUUUUGCAUAUAUCAAUCACAAAUAAGGAUGCCAUGAUACCUAGUGGAUGUCGAUCGAUCAAUAUUGAGAAUUUCAAUCAAACUUGUUCUGAAAAAUUGAAAGAAGAUCGAUUAGUGGGGACAUUUAUUAUGUUAUUAUUGUUGAUGAUAAUUCUUCUAAUAUCACUGGGGAUUGGAAUAAUUUCCGUGAUGAGAAUCAGCUUUUUCAAAGUUCUUCGCAACGAAUAUCGAAAUGGUUGGUACAGCUAUUCAGCCUUGAUUCAUUCUACUUAUUUAAUUGAUUUUCUCACAUUGAUGAUUAAUGUGGUUGGAAGCGUCCUCAUCUUUUACAUUAAUAUUGGCUUUGUUUACAUUGAUAAGUAUCAUUUCAAUUGGCACCGGUUUUGUAUCGCAUUAUUUUUCUGCUUUUUAAUCAUUUUUUACGGUCAAUCAUUCGGAUAUUUAUUAUUAUCAUUAUUUAUUGAUAAUUUUGAGAUACUCUUACUUCUAUGUCAAGUGGCAAUUAUUUCAUUUAGUAUUUCCAAUGGUUUUAUGGUUUCAAUCGAUGUUAUGGGCAAACCGUUUUAUCUGACUAUUUCUCAUAUAAUUGGUUUUCGCUAUUUAACCGCAGGAGCAGUAUAUUCAUAUUUUUACAUCGAUCGGUGUGAUUCACGAACAGAAUAUUCGCAAAUAAUGAAGCAAUUUUUUGUUGACCCUGACAAUGUCUUUUCGAAUAUCAAAUAUCCUAUGCUGGUUGUGCUUGUUAUUCGAAUUAUUUCUUUUUUCACGAUGCGUUGGUCAUUCAGCAAUGUAAACAUUGGUAUAGUUUCAUCCGAAAAAGAAGAAGUAAUAAUGACAAGGAUUCUUGCCACUCCCAUCGAAAUCAUUUUCCCUCCAAAGUCUAUGAAUGUCUCGAUGAUCGACUAUAAUAACAACGUUGAAUCGGAAUCAUUCAAUAGAAAUGAAUUUCAACAAUUUUGUAAAGGCCGUUACAUAAUUGGAUGGCGUCAAUUGACAUUGUUCUCCACCGAUACAAUCUAUGAAGUUCGUCCUACUCCUGAAUCAUUGGAAAAAUUCCAAGACACAUUGAUACUGCGAAAUCUCAGUGGACAAUUUCAAUUUGGAACAUUGAAUGCUAUUAUGGGGAGCUCUGGUUCUGGCAAAACAUCACUAUUGAAAGUUUUUAAUGGGAAAAUGAAAACCAAAUUGACAGGCUCGACAGAAUUUUAUCUCAGUCGAUUCACACCGAUUCGGACUUGCUACAUCAGACAAGAAGUUUCCAAUCAUCUGAUACCCGGACUAACGGGCAGACAAAGUUUGGUCUAUGCUUCCAAAUUGAAGAAUUGUCACGAAAGACAAUCGAUCAAUCAUGACCAGAUAGCAACCAAUUUACUCGAUGAAUUGGACAUUGCCAACACAGCCAACACCAUGGUACAAAACUGUUCAGGCGGUGAAAGAAAACGAUUGGCUUUGGCAUUGGAAUUGACCUCAGUUCGAAUACCCAAUCUGAUUUGCAUUGACGAACCUGUCAGUGGAUUGGAUUCGAACUCGGCACACUUGGUUCUCCUGUGUCUUCGACGAUUCAUCGCUCGUCAUCCAGAUGUAACUAUGGCAGUCAGCAUUCAUCAGCCUAGUACCGAGCAGUUGGAUAUGUUUGACAUUUGCUACGUGCUUGCAUUCGAUGGACUUGGCAUCUAUUCAGGGCCUCCAGCACGAAUCAAAAGUUUUUUAAAUGAAGCAUCUUCCAUUGAUGAUGACAAACGAUACCCGAUCGAAACUCUGAUUCGAUAUUCAUGCACUGGACAUUCAAAUCCAAUCGUCCAACAAUUAGCUGAAGAAACCGAUCAUGAAGUCGCUAAGAUCACACCGUUGCUAUUGCAAGACACAGUUCGAGUGAAAAAUGGCUUAAUGUUUCCACAAAUUAGAUUUUCGUUUCAAACAGUAAUUAUUCUUUUGCAACGCUUCAUUCAUUCCUCAAUCAAAUAUCAGUGGCCCUUAUGGUUUGGUCAUACAAUCAUGUGUAUCUUUUGUGGUGUUGCAUUUGGAAGCUUUUUUGAUGAAAAAAUCGCUCAAAUUGAUGGCUGCCUAUCGAUGGAGGAAGAUUUCUUAAAUAUUUGUUCGAAUGUUACCGAUCAAAAAUGGAUAGAAGAUCUACGUCUUGCCAAUAAUGUGAAUUAUGUCAUCUUCUCGUGUUAUGCAUGUAUUUUCGUAAUGAGUGCUCAAGUGAUCAAUACGUUUUCCUCAGAUUUAAAAUUUUUUGUCGCUCAACAUAUGAAUGGUUGGUACACUUGUAGUGCUUAUUAUUUUGCCAAAUUAAUAUUCGAUGUGACGACAAUUCUACCUAUGGCCGUAAUCUUUGUUUAUGUAACUGAUAUUUAUUCAUCUGUAUCUCCAAACAAUUAUUUUGUUUGGCAAGUUUUCAAUUUAUUCUUAUCAUCAUUGAGCUUUCUGGCCUUAAAUAACCUGUGCGUAAUGUUUCUUCAUAAAUCAAUUAUCGCUUUAUUCAUAAUGAUUGGGACGAUGCUUUGUAUUGGUAUCUUAUUAUCAAAUAUAUACAAUGUUAUUGAAGAAAUGAAUUUCAUCGUACGUUUNAUAUCAAAUAUUUCAAUAUUUCGUUACCAAUUCCCGGCAACGUUAUGGUUAAUUUAUGGUGGUGAACGAUGUCGACCGUAUGAAAUACAAUCCCUGUUGUAUAUGUUAAACGUUCCAACCAAUGUUGAAAACUUUUACGAAUGUAUAUUCAAACUCAUCUUAUUGGCCAUAUUCUAUCAUACUAUUGCAGUAUUGGUAUUUAUCAUCAAAUUUAAUCCAUUGAUCGAUCGACAUAAAAGAGUCGAAUGUAUUGAAAAAUAUCGUAAUGAACGUUUGCUUAAAAUCAAUUCAACAAAAUCAAACAUUAUGCCAUGA